GUAAAAGCAAGAAAGGAAGUCGCUGUUUUCUUGAAAGGGCCACUGUCCAUUUUUUUUAAUUAAAAUUGUAUCCAACUUAAUACCAUGUCUGGUAGAGGCAAAACUGGGGGAAAGGCUAGAGCUAAGGCAAAGUCACGUUCAUCUCGCGCCGGGCUUCAGUUCCCCGUAGGACGGGUCCACAGGUUACUGCGCAAAGGGAACUACGCGGAGCGUGUGGGUGCUGGAGCUCCAGUGUAUUUGGCUGCAGUUUUGGAAUAUCUAACGGCUGAGAUCCUCGAGCUGGCUGGCAACGCUGCAAGGGAUAACAAGAAGACAAGGAUCAUUCCCCGCCACCUUCAGCUGGCUGUCCGAAACGACGAGGAGCUCAACAAGCUUUUAGGUGGUGUCACCAUCGCGCAAGGAGGAGUAUUGCCAAACAUUCAGGCUGUUCUCCUACCCAAGAAGACUGAAAAGCCAGCAAAGAGCAAGUAACCAGCUUGAAAACAAUGUCACCACAGAAGCUGAGCUCAUUCAAGAGCCACACAAUUCUGUUUAGCCUCCUGUACAAUGCCAGCGUACCAAAUACAUAGGUAGGCUUGCAGACGGACAAUGCUUUGUGUUACUGGUUUCAACCAUGCAUAGCCUACCCACCGUCGUUUACCAUUUGGACAAUUUAUAUACGUGAAAAUGUCGUCGCCAUUGAAGUGAAAUUAUCGUUUACCAGUCGCCAUUGUGCUCUCCUGGAUCUGAACUACAGUAUGGUGGCGCAUUUGAGGGGGGGAGUUAAUAACACCAGAUAUUUAAUUGUAGAUCUUUAUCGACCAAUAUUGGGGCUGUUUUUAUUUAGCAUUGUGUUAAACUAUGUAGAUGCCAUCAGGCAUGUUUAUUUGUCUUUUGUUUAUUUCAAUAAAUGAUCUGUAGCCUUCUGGUACAGGGCACGCACAGU